CGCGAGCGCGUGCGCAUAUUUGUGACCGUGAACUGAGCCCCGUCAGUGCAUAGUGCGUGCUACAGCUUGCAUGCGAGACGAGCAACAAGCACCAUGAACUGCGCACUGCCUCGAGAAAGCGAAGAAUAUUGGAGCCACUUGUGGAAGGAAGGACUAUCGAUAUGGCAGCAGGAAGGAGUGACCAAACUCUUGACGGACAACAAAGAUGUCAUUCUCGCUGGAAAAUCCCGCGCGCGGGUGUUGAUACCACUAUGCGGAAAAGCACGAGAACUGAAGUGGUUUUAUGGACACGGACACAGCGUGAUCGGUGUGGAAUUCGUAGAGGAGUGCGUGCGCAGCUACUUCACUGAGAGCGAUCUGCAAUUGCAAGAGGCUUCUUGCCCCAUUAUCAAAUGCAAAAUACUCAGGACACCAGACCAUCGACUGCAAGUGUUCAUCUGCAACAUUUUUGACUUUAAAAGGGAGUGCGCUGGGACUGUGGACAUUGUUUGGGACAGAUCUGGAUUUACAGCCAUGAGAGACGAGAAUCGCGCCAGAUAUGCUGCGGUGAUCAAAAGCCUGCUGGCCCCAGACUUCUCGUACGGCAUGUGGACGGUUGUUUAUGAUGCGAAGUGUGUUACCAACAUGGUCGCGCCCCAAAGCACCGGAGAGUCUGCCCUGCAGGAGCAUUUUGGAGACGUGGCAAAGAAGAUUGCGCUGGUGGAUAGCCACGUUGAAGAGACGGCAUUGUACGCUCGGGGCGGCGGGCCAUUUACUUUUUGUCUAUGGCACAUGACGCCGCACUUGACGUGAAAGCUUAGAAUGUUUAGACCAUAGCACUUGUUUCACUACAAUUGUGGCGUUUAUACGUUAGUAUGCUUUCAGCACUAUAGUUCACAGCUUUUGUUUAGUGAGUUGUGUAAAAAUAAAAGUUCUUCUUAGAUAUGA